GUAGGAAUGGCGGAAGGCCGGGCCGCGCUGACCCUGGAAGGCUUAAUUUGCGUUAAAAACCGCCUAUCGGACGUUAGCGGCGCGCGCUAAGCGCGCCCGGCUUUUGCGACACUCGCUUUACGGCCGGCGGCGGCGGUGGUAACGAGUUCUCCCUUGGUCGUUGGGGAGCCCAACGUCGCCCCGCCGCCAUGUCACCCCGGGGCCGCCGCAUCAUGAGCCGUGAGUGCGCCCUGCUGCUGCCCAGCGUCUGUGCGGCGCUGGCCGAUCCGUGGCAGCGCGGCCCGGAUGACACCUGCUUGGAAAAACUGCUCGAUUGGUUCCGAGAGCUGAGGGAAGCCGAGCCCACCGCGAAGCUGCUGCGAGACAACCCCUGUCUGACGAAGUUCUUCACCGCCGUGCUGGCGCUGCCGGAGCCGGAGCCGAAAGUCCUGUCCUUCACGCUGCGGUUAGCUGGGAUAGUCGCGGCUGCGAAGAACAGCUUCGUGCACCUGCAGCGGCUGGGGCUGUUGGCCAGGCUGUUUGGUGAGGAUGGGCCUCUGAAGAGAGCAGCAUGGGAAGAUGCAUCUGUGCGAAGUGGCUGGGUGGAGGGCGUCCACAGCAUGGUGCAACACCAGUCUGCCCUCCACUUCAUCUGCAGUGGUGGAGGCAUAGAUGUGAUCUUUGUUCUGCAAGGAGAUCCCAGCCUGUUUGUGGCUUCAGCUGCCCGUUGUCUUCUGGUGCACUUGCUCACCCACUCUGUAGGGCCUGAACUGAUUGUACCUCUCGAUGCCAAGGACUGCGACUGGCCAGCGUGUGCCCACGUGAUUAUAAAGCAUAUAGAAGAUUCUCUUCAAUCCAACUCUGCCUCUCAUGUCAAGCAGUCAUUAAAACUGUUAACUAGUCUGUUUGGCAGUUGUCAUGCUCCUUGGACUAAAGUGCUUUGGUUAGGCGUUGCAAAGCGAGUAGAAUCCUUCUUGACAGAAGAUUCUGUUCAAGCACAGCACGUACUGGUGGAUCUUCUUCUAAACAUGGCAAGGUCUCCUGUGUUUCGUGAAGACAGUUUUUGGGCAUUAGUGACAUCUGCUCUGGAACACUUAACCCCAGAACAAUCAGGUGCUUUGGCAGGGGGAAUUCUGAAGAUCUACCCAUGCCCACAGGUUGUGACAAUUAAAGCACUGACUGUUCUCUUUCAACCAAUGGAGUGUAUUUUGAGAGCAGCCUCCGUGGAACGUUCAGGUUUGCUGUAUGAGUCAGUUAGUGAUCCCUCUGCUGUUGAAAGCCUUCUAUCCUCCAAGUCAUCUUGUGCUGGUUUUCUGUGCCAGACCCUUGCUCAUCUGGGGGAGCUGCUCUCUGUGGAAAAAGUUUUUUUGCCCAGGAAUUUACCCUAUACAUCUUUGCUGUGUUCUGUCAUGACGACAUUACUGUUCUGUAAAAGCCUCCUGAUUCCAGCUACUGCUCUGGGAAGCAAGAUUAGCCAAAUCUUGGCAGGUUGCUUCCGAGUACAGAAGUCAGCUCUUGAUGUCCUUGCAGCAUUUCCUGACUGCAACUGCAAUGACACAACUAUGAGAAGUUUGUUUGACGUCCUUCUGAUAUACCUGGAGAGUCCAAACACUCCUCCUACUGUUCUGAAGAAAUCAUUUAAAGCUAUGUCCAUGUGGUUGAGGAGCUCGUCAGGAAAAUCCUUCUUCAAAAAUAAGCAACAAGCUGACAAGAUUUUGCGAGAGGUGUUCCUGGUGCUGCAGAAGCGUUUGUGCAGUCCUUGCUGGGAAGUACGAGACUCUUCUCUGGAGUUCUUCACCAGCUUGAUUAGAACCCUGGCAGACUGUAGGGAUUUCAGGAAGUUUCUCCUGUUUUCGGAGAUGCCAAAGCGUAUAGAAAACCUUCUUGAGGAUCCAGAGAGCUACGUGCGAGCGAGCGCUGUGACGGCUAUGGGACAGCUGGCCUACAUUAUUUAUGUCUAUGUUCCACAGUCACGUGUUGCAGGGAGCCGGUAUAAUAAAGAGAAAACUGCGGCAAAGCUUCAAGAAGUCUUGUCCACAGACCCAGAGGUCUUUCCUAGGAGAGCUGUGAUGAGCGUCUUCACCAUGUGGGUGAAAGAGAGCUGCACGGGUAAACCGGAAGAGACAGAGCAGUUUGUCACUACGGUGGUCCAGACUGCAGCACGUGACUUAGACUGGGAAGUCAAACUUGGUUGUUUGGAACUGGUUCAAAUUUUCUGUAUCUAUAUGUUUUGCCAACUUGGCCUUCCUGAAUGCUAUUAUGCUCCUGUCUCAUCUGCAGUCACUAGUUCCGUUCAUGAGAACAAGCCACUGCAGAUGUUUUGCCGAGCAAACCUGUUCAGCUUCUUGUUUCAGUCUUUGUGUGACUGUGACAAGACAGUGGGUCAGAAAGCCUGUGGUAUAUUGCUUUCCUUACAAUCUCAGUUCUGUCAGAGUAGCACCACAGAUUCACAAGGGACUGGAGACUUACCUGCAGGGCAUGGCAUUCAUUGGUUACAAAGGACACUAAGGCAGGGUUCUCUGGUCCAGAACUUCCCCACAGGUGAUGGUAGUGAAGUGGACUUUCAAGAUCCAGAGAGCAUGAUGUUAGCUUUGAGAACAAUAAACUUAGUGGAACUACACAGUGACCUAAAUAAAGGUAGUGACUAUGUGGAGAAAAGCCCCCGGUCCCUCUUAGAGGACAUCCUUGCUACUGUGGGGACCAUAGAGGAGAAUGAGGCUGACUGCUACUAAAGACAUCUUUUGCUUUGAGGGAACAGUACUUACACGGGUUUCUUGUGAAGAGAAUUUUUGCUACCAAAGUGUUAUAAGAGAAGAUAGUAGGAAGUGUUACUCUGAACAGAAAAAAAGGAAUAGUUUUGUUAGCUGUUAACAGAGAGUCUUUGUUUUAAUACUGAUGGCUUCUCUUAUUUUUAAGUAUAUUCUCUGAUAAACUGAUCUGCCUGUUUUAUUUUUCUAAGUAAAUAAAGAAAGGCAUUUCUUCUGUUUUUAACGUGUAAGUAUGUUAAGAAAGCAGCAGAGCCUGCCUACAUAAGGAAACAUUAAAAAAGAAAAAAAAAAGGUGACUGAAAGCAAGCUAUUGUAUGCUUCUAGAAAUAAAUUCAUUACCUGCAACACA